AUGGAGCAGGAGAACCGGCGGUUGGGCGCCGAGCUCGCCGCGUCGCGGGGCGAAGUUCAGGCAGCCCGGCAGGAAGCACUACAGGCGCGUCAAGCGGCGCAGGCACCACAGGCCAUGGCAGCAGAGAUAGCGCAGGCACUACGAGCAGUUCGAGAGGAGGAGCGGCGAGACCGUGGCGGAGGCCUCAUCGACAGCCGGGGUCUCAACAAGCCGUCGGUGUUCAACGGCGACGAGGAGAAGUACAUCCAAUGGACACGCAAGACCGAGAAUUUCAUCGCGAGCACGUACCGUGACGCUCGCGAGAUGCUGCAGUUCGCGACGGACCAGGGGCAGGAAGAGGUCACAAUCGACGAUAUGAUUGGCGACCCGCAGGAUGCGCGAUUCCCGAGGGAUCGCUUGGAGGAGAUAGAUGACCAGACCUACGUGGUCCUCUCGGCGCUGACGGAAGGCGAGGCCUUUGAUAUUGUCACUAGCGCUGGCAGCGGCAACGGAUUCGAGGCGUGGCGCAGGCUGGCGGCUCGAUUUGACCCCAUCACCGCGGGCCGCACCCGAGGUCUUCUACGAGAUAUCAUGGACCCUGGCAAGGCCAAGUUGGGGGACCUUCAAGCGGCGAUCGAGCGCCUGGAGGAGAUGCACCGGCGGUACGAGAACCGGAAGGACGCUCAGGGCGUGAGGAAGCAGCUGGCCGACGAUAUUAAGUACGCGUCGCUCGAGGCGAUGCUGCCCGAGGACAUCGAGAAACACUGCCAGCUGAACAAGAGCAGGCUGACGACGUACGCGGAGCUCAGGGCAGAAGUCACAUCAUACGCAGAGCUUCGGCGAGGUGCAAAACAGAAGCCGUCGAAACCAUCGAAACCCAGUGACCCUGAUGCGAUGGACGUCGACUCGCUGACCUUCAGCGGUGCCCUCGCGGCGCUCUGGCAGCAGGGCGGUGCCGGACGAGGUAAAGGUGAAAAGGGCAAGAAAGGCGACGGCCCGAAGAACCCGCCGCAGGUCGGCACACGUGGCGCCAGGAUCGUCGGCAACUGCUGGCGCUGCGGCAAGCCAGUCGAGCCCGAGGCCGAGCGCGACAUGGGCAGCCUCGACAUCUGCGCGCUGUACGACCUACCCUGGCAUAAUGACUCGAUCCUGAAGCAGUUCGGCGCCGUGGAGGUGAAUGCGACCAGUGAGGACUCGGACGUCGAUGAGGUUUCGUAUGCCAAUGACGAGAUAGGUGUCCACGCCGGGAUGGGUGUCAACGAGGAUCCAAAUGCCAAGGUCGUGGACGUGUGUGCGUUGGACCAGAACGAGAACUGGGUGAAGUUCAACUUCGACACCGGCAGCGCCAAGACCGUGGUCCCGCUCAAUUUCAAUGCCGGGACGGAGGUUGACAAUUCGGGCAAGAGCAUGCGUUUCAAGACGGCCAGCGGCGAGAUCAUCUAUGGUGGAGCUGGAGUACGGAUUACCGGCACAGACCAAUUCGAGCAGAGCGUCACGCUGAACGGCAUCAAAGCUCCAGUCCACAAGGCGCUGGUUUCCGCCGGGGAAAUUACGGGCAAGGACUCCGACGUGUUCCUCAUGGGAGAUUUUGGAUACAUCGUGCAUCGUGAUUCACCGAUCCGUUUGGAGCUGAGGCGCGCUUUCAGAGCCAUUGCGGCGAAGCACGGCAACACGGGCGUGAUUCAGAUGAACAAGGAGGACAAUGUGUACAACCUCUACGUGCGGGUCCGCGAGAACGACGUCGAGGGUGCGAAGGACUUGUGUCCGGCUUCAGCGGCGGACGGAGGCGAGGUGCAGCCAGAAGGCGACGAUGGCAUGGAACAGGAGCGGCCUCGUAUCCCGAGUCGUGUCAUCACGCCCACCGCGAAGGAGAUAGAAGAACAUGAAGCAGCUGGUCAUGCAGUAUUCCGCAGUUGGUGCGAGGAUUGCACAGGAGGCAAGGGCCAAGCCAAUCCUCAUCAUGAGAGCUCGGAGCCGGCCGGGCUCCCGGAGUUCCACGUCGAUUACGGCUACAUGGGGACGGUUGAUAGCGAGUGCGCGCCGAUGAUCAUAGGCCGCGAAAACAAAUUAGGCAACUAUGCGGCUAGCACUGUCCCGCAGAAGGGAGUCAACAACUACGCGGCGGCCUACUUGGUUGGGUGGCUGAAGGGGCUCGGUUUCAAGCGAAUGGUGUUCAGGAGCGACAACGAGUCGAGCUUGCUCAAGCUUCUUGAUCUCGUGUCCCAGAAUCUCCCCGGCAUCGAGAUCGUAAUGAAGACCAGUCCGGAAGGCGACCCCCAGGCCAACGGCACGGCUGAAUCGGCGGUCAGGGAGAUCAAGAAUCAAGUGCGGACGUUGCGCCUGGAGCUGAAGCGCAAGUACGGCAGGCAGAUUCCGGAGACAUCAGCAUUGCUGUCGUGGCUUGCGAGAUACGCGGCAAAUGUCAUAAACCGCUACAGGUUUGGCAGAGAUGGCAGGUCCGCGGAACAUCGACGAUCAGGUCGACGGUGGCAACGCCCGACUGUCGGGUUCGGCGAGAAGACGUUCUUCCGGCCAAUCCAGACGAAGGCUCUGACGAAGGAGGGCCGAGCGCAGCCGAGGAUGCUCGAGGGGAUCUUCGUGGGCCACCACGAGCGGAACGGCGCUAUGAUGUUCAUCACCCCGGAGGGCAUGACGAAGGGCGUCGGUAUGCACAGGAAGCCAGAGGGCGAGAGGUACGACUUCGACUUCAUGUUGUCAUGCAGGGGAUUUCCGUGGGAUUCGAAGCCUCGGGAGCGAGCGGCGCAGCAACCGAUGGCAGGUCCGAGCGACGUGCCGGAGGCGAUGGUGAUGCCCGAACCGGCAGCACCGCAACCAGCCGGUGAGGCAGCUGCAGGUGGAGGUGAGGUUGCCGACGCUGCUCGGCCUCCAGUUGCAGGGCUUCGUAAGGCUUUCUACGUGAUGAAGAGUGACGUGGAGCGCUUCGGCAUGUCGCCGGGGUGCUCAGCAUGUUCGAAUGCAUUUUUGGGUGUACCAGUACAGUCAGGACAUACCGCAGAAUGCCGUGAGCGCAUGCUCGGGAAGCUGCGCGAGUCCGGAGCGAUGCAGGACGCUGUGAGGCUCGAGGCGUUCGCGGCGCGUAAGGAGGGGCUGAAGCGCACGGCGGCCGGGGACUUCGUGCCGGCAGCUCGACGCGCGGCUGCGGCUCCGAGAGGUGCGGCGAGGCCGCAGCAGGCAGCGGGUGAGCCAUCAGAGGCGGCUGCACCAGAGGUGGCCAUGCCGGCGGCUGCCGAAGUUGAUCAACCUGGAGCCGACGCUGGAGCACCGAGUGCGGGCGCAGAUAUGGCGUCCUUGAGCUUCGAGAAGAGAGGCAUGAUACGAGGAGUCGUUGAUCAACUACGGGCGUCUAUGAGAUAUCACGAGCUGGACGUCGAGGAAGGCGAGUUGAAGCAGAUGGCGAUCAGUCUCUGCUCGCUAUCGGCGGUUGAUGUGGCGGAGUUCUACACCCCGCGGAGGUUUACGCCCCGGACGGCGAACCAUGGCAUGAGGCCUGGAUUCUGCGUGGACCUUACGACCACGAAGAAGGACGGCCAGUACUGGGACCUCAGGAGACCGGAGGAUCAGGCGGAGUUCGAGGAGCUCCAGGCCGAGCAGACACCCAAAUUGCUCAUCGGCUCCCCGCCGUGCACAGAUUUCUGCCAGCUGCUGAAGAUGACGUUCAGCCCGGCUGAGAUUGCACAGCGACGAGCGGAAGGAGGUGAAGUACAUAUGCGAGUAGCCGUGGCCGGCUAUUGGAGACAGCUCAACUCCGGGAGGCAUUUCCUGCACGAGCAUCCGGCGAAGUCGGACAGCUGGAAGAUGACGGAGGUUGAGGAGCUCGCCAGGGACCCCAGGGUCUUCAAGGUACAGGGGCCGAUGUGCAACUGGAACCUCAAAGGGGCCGACGACGAGGGCAGGACCGGGUACGUCCGCAAAGAGACGAUCUGGCUCACGAGUUCGGAGGAGCUCGCGAAGACGCUGCAGGGCGUCUGCCAGAACAUGAAGGGCCGCACCAUGCACAGGCACGUUCACCUGAUCGGCGGUAAGGCCAGGACGUCGGCGGCUGCGGCGUACACUCCAGAGCUAGUCAAUGGCGUGCUCAAGGCAUUCCGUCGGCAACUACACCGAGAUGGAGAUGAGAUGGUGCUCCACGCUUUCGACGCUGGCGCGAUCCCAGACUCUACCGAUUGGUGGGACGAGCCGGAGAACCAGGAGUGGGCGUGGAGAGCAUGGGACGAUAUCAACAACGAGGAGCUGGACCCAGUCAAGGUUAUGGAAGCACGGCAGGAGGAGAUCGACUACAUCAGAGGCAUGCAGGUAUUCAAGGCAGUUCCCAAGUCAGAGUGCCCUGGGAAGCCUAUUACUAUGAAGUGGAUUGACACCCGGAAGCAGUCAGGUCGAUACCGCAGCCGUCUCGUGUGCAGGGAGAUCAAGAAGGCGAAGCGGUCAGAGGACAAGCUCGACCCAGCGGACGUCUUCUCGGCGAUGCCGCCUGUCGAGAGCCUGAAGAUGUUGAUUAGUGAGUGGAUGACAACCGACGAUGGGCAUAACCACGAGGACUUCAUCAUGGCUUCUUUCGACAUCAGCCGCGCUCACUUCGCGGCGACGCAGGACAAGCGCGACGUCUACGCGACGCUUCCAGAUGGCUUCGAACAGGAAGGCCAUGUCGCGAAGCUGCUGAAGGCGAUGUACGGCACGGAGGACGCAGCUAACCUGUGGGGCGAGACUUGGGCCAGGCAGCUGGAGGAGAAUGGCAUUAAGAUUGGCAUCGCGUCGAGGGCGCUGUUCUGUGGUGAGAGACACAAAGGACUAUGCCAUGGAGACGACUUCCUAGUGCUAUGUCGACGCGAACACUUGUCGGAGUUCCAGAAGAUUUUGGAGGAUAGGUUCGAAGCGAAGAACACCGGAGUCAUCGGUUUCAGCGAGAAGGAUGAGAAGACUCUCGAGAUAUUGAACCGAGAAAUCCGGAUCGUUGGCAACGACGUCGUCGAACUAGAGGCUGAUCCACGGCACGCAGAGAAGGUGAUCGAGGAGCUAGGUUUGCAGAACGCCAAUGCUGUGGCUACUCCGCGCGUGAAGUACAGCGACGCCGAGCACGCAGCUCGGGAGUCCAGUCCGUUCCUCGUCGGGGCGGAUAUCACGAAGUACAGGUCGUGCACGAUGAGGCUGAAGUACAUCGAGCAGGACAGGCUGGACCUAUCGGAAGUAGCCGAGCAAGUAGCUUGCGACGAGACGAACCAAUGA